GUGAUUUUCCAUUGAUUGUCACCAAAUUUUUACUGAUGGAUGGAUAAAAUUAAUAAUAAUUACUGCUGUCUGCUGUGUAUUUUUGCCGUUGGAUUUGGAUAUAAUAAAAGAAAUUGGUAAAAAAUCACUAUUAUAUAUUAUAUCACCGACGGAGCGGUUUGUAUUGUGUUCAGUUUAUUUGAUUUUUGAUUUGUUAGCUAUGGAAUCUAAGAUUGAAAUUAAGGAAGAGUAUCUUGGAAGUGGUCAAAUACACAUAGAAAAUAAACUAUCCACAUUAAUUGAUCCUGGGCAUAUUAAGAGUGGUCCAGAAGAUAACUCAGUUAUGGCUGUAAAAACUGAAAUUAAGGAAGAGUUUGGUGAUGGUGAUCCAAGAUAUGUGGAGAGUCAGGAAUCCACCUCCUUUGAUCCGGAAGGAUUCAAGAAUGAACCUGAAUUUAAUUCAGCUCUGACAAUAAAAGCUGGUGUUAAGGAAGAGUUCCUUGAAGGUGAUCUAAGAUAUAUAGAGCGCCAACCGUCCACUUCCCUUGAUCUGGAAGGAUUGAAGAAUGAGUCAGAUGAUUACAACUCAGAUAGGGCAGUAAAAGCUGAAUUUAAGGACGAGUUCGUUGAAGAUGAUCCAAGAUAUAUAGAGAAUCAACCAUCCACUUCCCAUGAUUUUGGAGACUGCGAGACUGAAGACACAUCAGGCAUUCUUGAAGAGAAUACGCAUCCACCUAUUGAAGAAAACUCAAUAAAAUGUGCUUGUAUGCAAGUUCAGACUGAUGUAAAACCUUACAAGUGUGAAAUUUGUUUUAAACAGUUUAGACAAGAUUGUUCUUUGACAAGACAUUUGAGAGUGCACACUGGGGAAAAACCUUACAAGUGUGAAAUUUGUUUUAAGGGGUAUAGUACAGCAGGUGAUUUGAAAAGACAUUUGAGAGUGCACACUGGGGAAAAGCCAUACAAGUGUGAAGUUUGUUUUAAACAGUUUAGCCAUGCAGAUUCAUUGAAAACACAUUUGAGAGGGCACACUGGGGAGAAACCGUACCAGUGUGAAAUUUGUUGUAAGACAUUUAUUCAAGCAAAUCAUUUGAAAAGACAUUUGAGAGUGCACACUGGGGAAAAGCCAUACAAGUGUGAAGUUUGUUUUAAACAGUUUAGCCAUGCAGGUACAUUGAAAACACAUUUGAGAGGGCACACUGGGGAAAAGCCAUACAAGUGUGAAGUUUGUUUUAAACAGUUUAGCCAUGCAGGUACAUUGAAAACACAUUUGAGAGGGCACACUGGGGAAAAGCUAUACAAGUGUGAAGUUUGUUUUAAACAGUUUAGCCAUGCAAGUACACUGAAAAAACAUUUGAGAGUGCACACUGAAGAAAAAUCGUACACGUGUGAAAUUUGUUUUAAACAGUUUAACCAAGCAAUUAAUUUGAAAACACAUUUGAGAGUACACACAGGGGAAAAACCUUAUGAAUGCGAAAUUUGUAUGAGACAGUUUAAUACAGCAAGUAAUUUAAAAAGACAUUUGAGAGUGCACACUAGGGAAAAUCUUUAAUCAAAGAAACAGCUUUCGAAAAAAAUCCGAAUGUUUAAACCAGCGAUUCCUCUUUUAGUGAGCAUAAAAGUCUUAUCCGCGCUCUUUGUCCCUCUGUGCAAAACAAUCCAAAAUUGACCGAAUUCUGCUUCGCAAUGCUAAAAAGAUUAAUUAGGAUAAAUUAAAAAGCAACAAGGCAAUGGAUACUUGGGUACAAAAGAACCUAGUUAUAUUGUAUGGGAGAUUUUCUGAAGGAUAUUUGUGACGUUAAAUGUCAAAAAUAGAA